AUGUUAACAUCAAAGGAAUCGGAUUAUAUAUAUUUUCUAUUGCAGAUAAGUCCAAUUGUUCAAAUUCAUACUAUUAAAGCUAAUGUGAGAUAUAGAAUUGGACCAAAAGAUGGCAAAACAGAUACUGAUAUAUCAUACCCAGAUCCCCCACAAAACGUAACAAGUAGCUUUGAUUUAUGGGUAAAAAGUGAAGAUAAGGAGUUUAGGCUAACGAGAAAAAGUAGUAAUAACAAAAUUGAAUCAUGCAAAUAUUUUUAUAAGGAUUCAAUAACUGGGACUUAUAUGCCUAUACCUUCUUUCCCUGAUAUUAUUGUUGUUACUUCUGGAACAAAGCUCCGAAUAAUGACAUCACAACCUACUGAGUGUAAUAUAGCAUUUGUUUUAAAAUCCCAAAAUAUGGUAGAUAUCGUAGGAUACACGCUAAAAUCAUCAAAAGAAGUUUUAUCAGUUGAGCCCCCAAGUACAACAACACAUACAUUGCCAGGAGUAGAAGCAAUUUCUUCAUCGUGUCUAUAUAAAAACCAGUACAACUCACCAGCACAGAAUUGGGCAUCAGAAACUGAAAAGAGCUAUCUCAUAUUUUCAGAAGCAUCGCUUGGUAAAGGAGGAAAUGGUGAAGUAUUCCUUGGAUUGAAUCGUCGGACGCUAGAAUUUGUAGCAGUGAAAUGUGAAACCCCUGGAUCACUCUCUCGCGAAGCAGAAUAUUUGGAAAGGUGCAAGGGUAAUUUUGUUGUAAAAAAGCUGGAUUGGUUCCAAAAUCACAUUGAAAAUAAAGAGUAUCUUGUAAUGGAAUUACUUCAUGGGGGUACACUUCGUCAAUUAUUAAGGUUUAGAUACAAAGAUGGACUUCCAAUUAGAACUGUACAACAGCUAAUGCAUACACUAAUUCUAGGUGUGGAUCAUAUGCAUUCACGAGGUAUUGUUCAUCGUGACUUAAAAGCAGCAAAUUUGAUGUUUACUGAUUUAGUUAGCAAUUUAAAUGUGGAUGUUUAUAGAAUAAAGAUAUGUGACUUAGGAAACUCAGGUAUUUCAUUAAAUGGACGUCUGAAAGGUCAUUGCUGUACUUGUUUUGCCACUGCACCAGAAAUAUACAUCCACAAUGAAUACGACGAGAAAGUAGAUAUUUGGUCUAUUGGGACAAUUUUCUAUGAGUUGCUAACUGGGCAUAGAUUGAUAGAAUGCAACCAUCAGGUAAAUUGUGAUGCAACCGAAAAAAUUCUGAAAUUUAAUUUUAAUGAGAUGGAGAAUCAGCUUAGAGAUCACAUGAAAGAUCAACUAAAUGGAGAUGAGAGUAGACUAUUAGAUGAUGCUAUAGAUCUAAUGAAAAAACUCUUGGAAAAAAAUCCUUCUAAAAGAAUAUCAGCAACAUCCUGUUUAUCCCACAGAUUUUUUUCAGAUUAUCAAUACUUGCAUCUAGAUUAUUCCCUAAGAUGCGUGAUGAAAUUAAAUAUAGCCAAAAAUACCGAUGAAAACAUCACUUCAUAUUGUGAGAGCGAUGAAAAUAGCCUUUUUUACUCAUAUUGUAAAUGUUCAACUUGCGUUUGCUGCAAGGGCCAUUUGAACCAUAGUAUUAGCCGUGGAAAACUAAUUUCAAGCUACUACUCUGGUUUAAGUACAUUAUAUUCGAAUAGCAACUCCUAUACUAGUAAUAUGGGCCAUAUUUUUAAAUUGAGUGGAUAUCAUGUACUUAAAAAAAACUUCCCAAUUAGUAAUAAGUGUCAACAUAUUGUGUUACAAAAGGAAAAUGAACAAAAUCUCAACAUCCAAAAUCAAUAG